AUGCUGACGUCGGACCCAAGGCUGCCAUACAAAGUACUGAGUGUUCCUGAAAGUACACCUUUCACAGCAGUCUUAAAGUUUGCUGCAGAAGAAUUUAAAGUUCCUGCAGCAACAAGUGCAAUUAUUACCAAUGAUGGAAUAGGAAUAAAUCCUGCACAGACUGCUGGAAAUGUUUUUCUGAAGCAUGGUUCAGAACUGUGA